AUGAACUUUCUUUUUUUUCCCCGAAAGGCAGCAACGCUGGUUAUAUUCGUUGCCCUGAUCGAAGACGUUGCCACGACGGUCAGACAUGCUGUUAUCAUGCAGGUGAAGGAAGAUACGACUGCUGCCGUCACCCACAAGCUGUUUGUUGUACUGGCAGAAUGGACGGGAUAUGUUGUCGACGUGGUUUUAGGUAAGUUUGCUUAAACUGUACAACUAGUUUCAACUUUAUUUAAAUUUGGAAAUAUAUUGCAAAAAAACAUUGGGAUUGGCCUGCAGUUAGCGAGGCUAUUCGAGGCCCCGGGUUCGACGCAGGUCAGGCUACAUAAUUUACUACAAACUAGAUAAAUACAAAGAAAUUAGACGUUAUAUAAGUAUAUUUCUCGGUCUUUCUUUAAGAAUUUGAGGUAUCCCAUUCUAAAUUUUGACCUCAACACGUCGAGAUUCUUUAGCAUAAAAAUGUUCAGAGGUUGAGGCACGUGUCGACACGUGUAUUGUAAGUAUGAACACUAGAAAUUCUAGAGAAGAGUUUCAAGAUGUUAUCCGGAGCAGUGUUUUUACUUACAUCAUAAGACUAAAAACAGAUUCAAAAUAUACAGCCCGUAAAGAUAGGUAAAGUUUUUGCAUUGACAAGAAAUGGUAUUGCUUGGUCGUUUGUAUCAGCAAAAUAUAUUAAGCGCAGUGCGCGUUUUUGAAGGACAAGAAUUUGGUCACGGACAGUUUUACACGCGUUGCCCCAAGAGAUAAGACCGUAAGUUAGAUAAGGUGUAAUAAGUGACUGAUACGAGGGUGCAAGUGGGAACAAUAUGUCUCAAUCUCGCAAUUAACCCAAUUGUUUUACUUAUUUUGUUUGCAACAGAGUGAAUAUGGGUCUUCUAUAGCUUUCCAUGAUAGACUUUCAUCGAUUAACAGUCUCAAGAUGUUUUACCUUUUUACUGUUUUCAUUGUCAAAAGCACUAAUCUGGGGAUCAUAGUUGAGUUUUUUUUUGGUAUGGACGAAAAAUUACAUAGUUUGACUUUUUAUAACAUUCAGAGAAAGCUUACUUAAAGUCAGCCAGUUAUACAAGUUGUGUAAUUCUGCAUUUACUGCAAGUUCCAGUGUCUUUAAAUCUUUAAGAGCAUAAGGAGCGUUAGUGUCGUCAGCAAAAAGGAAAAAUUGUCAUUUAAUAUAUUAUAUAUUUUAUAUAAAGCAAGAAGAGAUCCUUGGGGUACGCCGCAAUUGAUAUUUAGUUUACUAGAUAUAUGAGAGCCAAUUUCAGUAGUUUGUGCGCGAUUUGAUAAACAAGAAUACAGCCAUUGAUUGACAAUUCCACGAAAGCCAAAAUAAUUAAGUUUAUCAAGUAAUAUAUUGAUUCACAGUGUCAAAGGCUUUUUUUAAGUCAAUAAAAACUCCAGAUGAAAAGAGUUUUUUGCCCAUAUUGAUUUGGAUAGUUUCUACCAUAUCAAGAAUAGCAUGUUGGGUUGAGUGAGCUUGACGAAAACCAUAUUGAGACCAAUAUAAUAGGCUGUGCUUUUCAAUUAAGUCUCUCAUUCUAUCGAACAUAAUUUCUUCGAAGAUCCUAUUGAAGUUUGAUAAUAAUAAAAUUGGCCUGUAAUUAGAAGUGUCGGUCUCGUCGUCAGCUUUGAAGAUAGGUAUAAUUUUUGACAUUUUAAGUUUUAGGGGGUAGGUCCCAAGAGUGACAAAUGUAUUGAGAAUGUCUGAAAGAACUGGAGAUAUGACCUCGCUUCAGUAUUUAAGAAGUUGAGAAGGACAGAAGUAUAAGCCAUGCGAUUUGCUGUUCGGUAUAGAUAAUAUUUGAAUUUGAAUUUUAGAUGGAGUUACAGGUUUGAAGAAAAACGAAAGUUCUGGCGAACUGGACUUUCUUAGGUACUCUGUGAAAGGGCGCUCCGCCGGUGGUAAUUUGCUCGCUAAGAUGUUGCCAACAUUUGAACAAUGUUCAUUUAAGAUAUAUUAUUGUCGUUCACUGCGAACGAGCAAAUUAUUCCCCUAAACACAUCUCUAAUACUUUCAUCAUAGAAAGGGCAUAACAUUAUGCAAUAAAAUGAUUUUUUAGCAUAUGUGACGGCCUUUUCGGUCGCCAUAUUAACGUCACGCGGAGUGAACUUGGGAAAUUAGAAAGAACGAUAUUUUCAAAACGGAAAACGCUAUCACUUUGAAAGCUUGCAAAGAAAUUUAUUUUUAAGAGAUCUUUUGCUAUCUGGAGAUAAAACCUUAAAAGUGCUAACGAUUUUGGAGUUCGGAUGUUUGUUGUAUCGCCCCGAAUAAAGGAUUCCAGGACAAUCUUGGAUUCUAGAUUCCAGGAACUGGAUUCCAGUCUUUGUCAGCAGAACUUGGAUUCUAGGAUUCCAAUCGUUAGUGGGAUUCCGGAUUCCUUGAGCUGUGUAGUCCGGAUUCCAUAAGCAAAAUUUUCCCGUAUUCCGGAAUCCGGAUUUCCAUUUCAUGGGUCGAAAGGGUACGGUUUUUACCAGUAGAAGUAAGUAGGGCCUACAGAAGCAUUUUAUGGCUGUGAAAAAGUCGGGAAAAGGUUCUGGUUUUGUGACUUAUUCAUAGUUUAAAGUGAGUGCAUUUAGAGCCGUUUGAAAUGAUGGAAAGUGUAUGUGAAAGGGAUACUAUUUGUCAAAAAAAUGUAUAUAGUACGAAGGGGUAUCUUUUCUGUAAAAAAAUGGUAAUUAUGUCUAAUGCAGGUGAAUUUCCUUGGAGUUAAAUUCUUGGGGACUGCACUCAAAGUUUAGAAAGGAAAAAAAAUAGUCACUAUGUCUUAACGUCCUCCAUAAAACACGCAUAUUAAAAAGAAAACUUCACGCCGUGCUCGAGGAGCCAAAGUAAUAAAAUGUACCAAAAAGUGUGCUUCCUGCAGGUGCAAAAUUGCACGCCUUUCUAUUUCCAAGAACCAUUUUACAGCGUAGUUUUGCAGGGACCGCAACGAAAUUAACAGAAUAGGGUGACGGAUGCGCGCGCACAGUUAUUGUUUUGCUUACUAAUCAUAACUAUUUCAAAAUUCUCAAAUCUGAUUGGCUAUCAACUGCCCUGAUUUUGUGCGCACUAAAGUAAAAAAAGGUAUGGACUAAUAAAGGUUUAAGAACGUUCUCUGUAAAGUAUUUCUGAAAUCAUAUUGUUUUUGUUCCCAGCACACAGUAUAAAAGCGCAGUCCGAUCAAAAGUGAAACGGCUUUCCCGCUCGACCCGCAAAAUAUACACUCCUGCGUUGUGUGCCACAAUAAAUCUCACUUGUAAAAUAGCAUCGCGUCAAAGCAGAAAACCUCUCUCGUCUCCCCUAAUAUUAAAAAUUUGUCACGCCGAAGAUUAAAUGAUUAUACAUACAUUCUUCGGUCUGUUUUCGGCAGCAACAGCUAAGACAAAAGGCUAUUGUUUUGGUGAAUUGGACCCGGUAUAAUAGACCAUUUCUUGAUACGAUUCUUUCUUUGCUUUGCAGAUGUAAUGAAGCCGAUUUAAAUUGCGUUCCGUGUGUAAUAAAGACGAAGCCAACCGACUUGGAUGCAACUGAAAUUCGUAGUUCUUACAGACAAUUACUCCCAGAUCAGCGUUUCGACUUUGAAUAG